AUGUCGGGUGCAGUAGGCCGAGAGCCAGUCUUCCCGACUCGCCAGUCGUUGGGAUUGAUGAAGAGCAAGCUGAAGGGGGCAGAGACCGGCCACAGCUUGCUGAAGAGGAAGAGUGAAGCUUUGACAAAGCGUUUUCGAGAGAUCACACGUCGCAUCGAUGAAGCCAAGCAGAAGAUGGGCCGGGUCAUGCAAAUUGCCGCAUUCUCUUUGGCCGAAGUGAGCUACGCUGUCGGAGGAGAUAUUGGGUAUCAGGUUCAGGAAUCGGCUAAGCAAGCUCGCUUCCGCGUGCGGGCCAAGCACGAGAACGUCUCCGGUGUCUUUCUACCCCAGUUUGAAAGCUACACACAGGAUGGAGUUAAUGACUUUGCCUUGACUGGUCUGGGCAAAGGUGGUCAGCAAAUCCAGCGAUGCCGAGAGACAUACGCGCGGGCCGUGGAGACAUUGGUGGAGCUGGCCAGUCUACAGACUGCAUUCUUGAUUCUCGACGAAGUCAUCAAAGUCGUCAACCGACGAGUUAACGCAAUUGAGCAUGUCAUCAUCCCUCGAACUGAAAACACUAUCAAAUACAUCAACUCGGAACUUGACGAACUCGAUCGUGAGGAAUUCUACCGUCUCAAGAAGGUCUCCGGCAAGAAGCAAAGAGAUAACGCGGCUGCUGACGCUGAGAUCCUUGCUGCUCGGCAAAAGGCCGCUGAGGAGGAAGAGAAGAAUGGGACUCCUGUCCCUGAGGAGCCCGAGAGUGCUGAUGUACUGGGUGAGCAAGAGGAUGCUGAUGUCAUUUUCUAA